AUGGGGAAUGGCAUGCUUGUGUUUCCUGUGGAGGGGGUUGAUAAAGAUGAUAACUCUGUCUCCAUGAUCGUGCAUUCGACGGAUAACGGCAGUAUCUGGACGCUCUGUGAAGACAUUUCCCCUGCGAAAUGCGGUGCACCCCGCGUCACCGAGUGGGAGGGAUCACUUCUCAUGAUUGUUGACUGCAAGGAUGGCCAGAGGGUGUACGAGUCGUGUGACAUGGGGGCAACGUGGACGGAGGCCAUCGGGACACUUCCAGGCGUGUGGACCAAGUCACAACCGGGAGACUAUCAGGAUGUAAGCUUGCGUGUGGAUGCCCUCAUCACCGCGACCAUUGGGGGAAGGAAACUCAUGCUGUACACCCAUAAAGCUAGCCAUCCCUUGGAAGCGAGUGAACCCAAUGCGCUCUGCCUUUGGGUCACGGACAACAACCGCACUUUUUCUGUUUGGCCGGUUGCCGUGGACAAUAAUAAGAAUUGGGAUCUCGCCAGCAACCUGCCGUACUCGGAUGGUGCGUUGCACCUUUUAAAGGAGAGGGCCAAUGAAAAAGGCAGAGCCAUUUCACUUGCCCGCCUGACUGAGGAGCUGAAGACGAUCAAGUCUGUCCUGAGGACUUGGGCACAGUUGGAUGCCUCCUUCUCCGCUUCUUCCACACCCACGGCUGGUCUGGUGGCAGUUUUGUCCAAUACGUCGUCCGGUGGUGACACGUGGAUCGACGAUUACCAUUCUGUGAAUGCAACGGUGAGGAAUGCGGUGAAGGUCCAUGACGGGUUCAGAUUCAUGGGGUUUUGGUUCCGGGGCGAUAUGGCCUGUGAACCAUCGGGAGAGCAAUGGGCCGCACACUUUUGUAAAUUACAAUUUUACUCUUGUGGCGACGGUGAUCGUCCACAAAGUUCCGAAGAUCAGCACUACUUUGCUGGGCGCGGUGCUGGCCGAACCCAUCAGCACGCUCUUCAUUGGGCUGUCGUACGGCGCGGACGGUACGUGGGAGACAGUGUUCAACGGCGAGACAACGAAAUCAGGCAGCACUUGGAGGCCGGGGAAAGAAUACCAGGUGGCGAUCAUGCUGUAGGACGGCGGCAAGGGCUCCGUGUACGUGGAUGGUGUGAUUGUGGGGAGCCCGGAGACGCUACCGACACCUGA